AUGGCUUUGCAAGUGCCAACCCAGGCACCGAGACGGCGAGCGUCUCAUUCCCCGUCUCAACGCCCGUCAUCGCUCGGUUUGCCUUCCCCCUCCUCGACCCAACCAGAGGAUGACACAACGCAGUGGGUGCUGUUUGCCCCCACGGCCCGAACACACACGACCUCCACGGACCAGACCCGCACGGUUGGAGCCUCCCGUCUCAGUGAUUUCGGCUCGUUCGGAACCGCGACUCGAUCGGCGGUUGAGCAGGAUGGGGACGUAGUCGUUGAAGAUGAGGAUGCGUUGGAUGACCAUUUUGACGAAGAUGGUACCGAGUUGGACAGCUUGGACGAUGGACUCCACGCCUUUCGUGCCCCGUCGUUACCGUCGGCAUCUCCAUCGCCCUUGGAUCAGGGCCCCCCGGCGAUGCUGCCCGCGCACGAUGGACUGGGCAGUUUCCAGGCGUCCAGCCCCAUGGUCCAGGAUCAGCUCUGGCAGCAUGAGCAGUAUAAUCCUCAACGGCGGCAGGCCGGGGCCAAAAGCCUGAUGGAGCGAGACCGCUGGCAACGGAUCGAGCAGUGGCGAAUGGACCAGAGUCGCGCGAUCCUGCAGGAGAUUGAGCGAGAGACUCGUCGUCGAUGUCGGCCGCCUCGUUCGAAUGUAUCCACCGCGCCGCGGCCGGAGGACUCUCCCCCUCCAACGGCCCCUUUGAAGAGCUCGGUCAACGCUGGUGCCCCGGCUGGAGCGGUUGCCGAGAUGAGUGAAUCCUUCUGGCAACGUCUCACCCGCAAGGUCAUUGAAGAUCUCAUCGGGAUCGACGACGCUCUUCUCUCUGUCAUACUCGGCGAAUCUUUACCACUGGAGGUACAAUCCGAGGGAAAGGAAUCGCCACCGCUCGAUAUGGAGACCGUGCUGGCACGAGAACCAGAUCUUGCGCGACCCGAGGCCCCUUUCUGGCAAAGUCGGGUUCUCCAACGAAUCGCUCACGAGUUGGGGAUUCUUGUGCACCAGCUCUGUGAGCAUCCGGGUGCUUUCACUUCAUAUUACGAAUUGACCAAGACCAUCUCGAGUGAGUAUGCUGGCAUGCCACUCAAUCGCCCGGUGGACAGCGCGGCCACCUUCCAGUCCAACGAACCCCCCACCGCCCAGCAGUCCUCCGAUCAUGCCCUUCCCACCGAAUCCAUGCCCUCCUUACACUUCCAACCCACGUUAGGCGAUCCUCAUCGUGAACAUGCAGCCCAAUGGGGGAUCGAGGAUGAGGACCCGGCCGGUCACACCACCCCCGAAUCUGUCCGAGUACAGCAGGAGCAGGAGUACUGGGAGCGUGGACUGGAUGUCAUGAUGGUCUUUCGAUAUCUGCGAAGCCGAUUCAGCCGCCAUGGCUACAUGGCCGGUGAGAAGCACGGCCCGACAUCAUCUCCACCACGUCACGCGCAGGAUGCUUCCCGCAGAGCUGCCAUCAUCCGUCAGCACCACCCUCUCGUUGCCCACGCCCACUCACGCUCUCAAACGCAGACCCGCCGGACUUCCUACAAUUCGGGGGGCACAACCUCUGCGGGUGUCUCUGCGCCGUUGACUCGGCAGCACCUGCGUCGGCCCGGAUCCAGUUGCGCCAGUCAGAGCAAACUUUCCGCCAUCUCGAGCCGUCGAACGUUGACGGGCUCGAGCAGGAAUUACUGGGAUCUGGGCGGGUCCGUGGACAGCAAUAGCGCCAUUGGCGUGGGAGCUGGGCUCGGCACCUGGGCUGAAGCAUGA